AUGGAGUACGACGAUGAUUUUCAUACUAACCGACCAAAACUUAAAAAUUAUAAUGACGAAUCAGAUGUAUACUUCGCCAAAGAUCCUAUUUUGAAUGUAAUGAAUAUCCAUGAAUUUGGCACUUAAGACAUUACCUCGAGUGGUAAACUUAAAGUGAAAAACUUUAAAUAAACCAUUCCAGUGGAAGAAUAAGACAAAUAAAUUCUCGAAAAAGCUUCAUUAGAGACAGGAAAAGAACUUUUAACAGAAAAUUUGGAAGGUUUAUAAAAAAGUAAAUUCAAAAAAGAUAGAAGAAAAUCUCACUCAGGGUCAAAAUCUAAAAGCAGGCAUGGAUCAUGUAUAAUAAAUAAGGAUUAAGAUUAAUUGAGUGAUGAGGAUGAAAUGAGAAGAGUUAAUAAACACGAACCUAUAAAUACUGGCUAGCCUGUCAAAAUGGAAGUAGUAUAAUACUUUGGUGAUGAGAUAGAUCGUCCUAAGUCACCCUAGAAAGAUGAAUAAGACAUGACUCCUGCUGAACUCCAUAAUAAGCGAUUUAAAAACAUUUUGAAAAAUUAGAAAAAACUUCGUAUUAAGCUUGAUUUUUAGCAUAAUUAAGUUCAAGGCAACUAAACUCCUCAAGGAUCAAAUAGAUUUUUUGACUCAAAUAGCAACUCAUCAAAAAGUAAUUUUGAAAUAAUCUAAGCCUAAGCUUAUGAUUCUAGUCUGAAGAUAAAGUUAUCCACUGGGAAAUCUAGAAAUAAAGAUGCAUCCUAGUUAAAACAAUAAUAUCUUGAAAAUGGAGCAAAUACUGGAUAGAAUUAGUAAAAUUAAGAUUAUUUUGAUCCAAAUUUUGAGACUUAAAGAGGAGGAAACAAAAAAUAAUAGUAUUAUUCUUAAACAUAGCUAUAAACAAAUAAUCUUGAUCAAAUUCCUAACUUUCAGGCCUCAAAAUUUGCAAAGAAAAGGCGUCCAAUUAAUAAUCAAUAAAAUACUUGUGAGGUGAGUAUCAAUACACCCAAAAGCAAAUUUGAAAAUGAAGUCCAGAGAUAGCUGAAUGGAAUGAAAAAAUAUGUCAUAGAAAUGGAGGAUGAUUAGCUUAACUUUGAAAAUCUUCAAGACUCACAUAGAAUAGUAGGAAAACUAGAAUCGGCAGAGAUUAGCUCUUCAUAAUUAAGGAAUCUAAAUAAUAAGAAAGCAUCUUUGACAAUAAAAGCUGUAAAAUAGUCAAGAAAUAGCAAUAACUAGCAUGGAUUUAGUUCUUUUGUUCAGUCUGAAUUACCAACUUACAAGUCAGCAAUAAAAAAUUAAUAAGCUUUCAUUUCUCAGUAAAUGCAAGAGAUUUAACAAUAAAAAUAAGCUAGAUUAAAACUUCAAACUUAGGAAAUGAGCCGAUAUAAUGCUAUUGAAAAUUAGAAAAGAUUAAGAACACCUUAAGGUUAUGUUGAAAUAACAAGAUUAGGAUUAUCUGAUAAUAAUAGAAGAUAUUAGUUGUGA